GAACAGUGGAGAUAGUGGACGGUGUGCAGCUUAGUAAAGUUUUGUGGGAUUACCGAGGACAUUUGAUUCUUGUGUGCAUUCAGAUACCUAAAUGAAAAUAUUCUCCUGAAAUUCAUCACCAACAACCAGGAUAUUUAUCAAAAGAUCAAAGUUAAACUGCUGAAAGAGGUGAAGCACAAGCCAUCCAGAAGAAUCUCCAGAACACGCAGAAAUUGUUUGCUACAUUUAACAGACAAAUAAAGCAAAGUCCCGACAUGGAGAAACAUCAGCACUCUGUCAAGAGUUUUACUAAACAGAGUGAUCUAAAAAAACACCAGCGCAUUCACACAGGAGAGAAACCGUAUCACUGCUCAGACUGUGGAAAGAGUUUUAAUCAACAGAGUACUCUCAAAAAACACCAGCGCAUUCACACAGGAGAGAAACCGUAUCACUGCUCAGACUGUGGAAAGAGUUUUAAUCAACAGAGUACUCUCAAAAUACACCAGCGCAUUCACACUGGAGUAAAACCAUAUUACUGCUCAGACUGUGGGAAGAUUUUUACUACCCAGAGUGCUCUCAAAAUACACCAGCGCAUUCACACUGGAGUAAAACCAUAUUACUGCUCAGACUGUGGGAAGAUUUUUACUACCCAGAGUGCUCUCAAAAUACACCAGCGCAUUCACACAGGAGAGAAACCGUAUCGUUGCUCAGACUGUGGGAAGAGUUUUACUACCCAGAGUAGUCUCAAAAUACACCAGCGCAUUCACACUGGAGUAAAACCAUAUUACUGCUCAGACUGUGGGAAGAGUUUUACUACCCAGAGUAGUCUCAAAAUACACCAGCGCAUUCACACAGGAGAGAAACCGUAUCACUGCUCAGACUGUGGGAAGAGUUUUAAUCAACAGAGUACUCUCAAACUGCACCAGUGCAUUCACACAGGACAGAAACCGUAUCGUUGCUCAGACUGUGGGAAGAUUUUUACUACCCAGAGUGCUCUCAAAAUACACCAGCGCAUUCACACAGGAGAGAAACCGUAUCACUGCUCAGACUGUGGGAAGAGUUUUAAUCAACAGAAUACUCUCAAAAAACACCAGCGCAUUCACACAGGAGAGAAACCGUAUCACUGCUCAGACUGUGGAAAGAGUUUUACUGAACAGAUUAAACUCAAAAUACACCAGCGCAUUCACACAGGAGAGAAACCGUAUCACUGCUUAGACUGUGGGAAGAGUUUUACUAAACAGAUUAAACUCAAAAUACACCAGCGCAUUCACACAGGAGAGAAACCGUAUCACUGCUCGGACUGUGGGAAGAGCUUUAAUCGACUGGAGACUCUCAAACUGCAUCAGCGCAUUCACACAGGAGUAAAACCGUAUUCCUGCUCAGACUGUGGGAAGAGUUUUACUACACAGAGUCAUCUCAAAAAACACCAGCGCAUUCACACAGGAGAGAAACCGUAUCACUGCUCAGUCUGUGGGAAGAGUUUUAAUCAACAGAGUAAUCUCAAAAAACACCAGCGCAUUCACACAGGAGAGAAAACUGUCCCAAAUUUGUUCCACGGCAAUAAAAAGCGCAAAUCGUAAAUCUUUCAGACAGAACACCUUAUCCUACACAAAUGUUUCACUUUGUCACUUGGGAUACGUUCCACCAGAAACAAACAUGAACUGAAUUUAACAAUGGAUUUUACAGGUUCAGCAAAAUGAAUCUGAUCCAGCGAUGAUGUUUAUUGAAUUUAAUGUUAUGUUUUCUCGUAUGUUUGAAUAUUCCAGGACAUUCUUCGUGAGUUUUUAGGUCAGUUUUUAGGGUAGUUACGGUAGGAGUUCAGUUCUGAAGAAGGGAAGGUCGUUUAAGUUCGAGUGAGGGCACUGCCAGUGUUUGCACCAGAUGUUAGAUUAGCAUAAUUUAGUCUUUAAAAUUUAGAUGUUGUUAGGAGUACAGUAGGAUUCUUAGUCUGCAACUAAGCAUUUUGGAUCAAACCUUCAGUGCUUAUGCCUAAAAGGUUUUGAAUGCAUUUAAUCGCUUUUCUAGUAUAUACAGAUUUAAUUAUUUCCAUUAAUUUCCAAUAUUUUUUGGGUGAAGCUACUGUCGCGCUGAGCUUUUUAACUGUCCCUGCGGAGCUCUUUAACUGUUAAAAAGCUCUGCACGACAGUAGGUGAACUCCCAGUUACGCAACAGAGGGGUGUGCAUGCUAAAAUCUAGUGUAUUUAGUAUCUUCUCUGCUUGUUACAUAAUUAUAGCCUAUCUAACGUUCCACUCUUGACCUUGUGGCUGUUUAUGAGUGUUUUCUAGUUUUAACAAUGUCUACCUUUUAGAAAUGAAUACAGGAAUAGUCAACCAUGCUAGAAAUUAAUCAUUCAUUAUUGUGGCACUGUCACUAUAUUGCAAAAAUAUUUUAUACAGUAAGGAACCUAAGUUUAUUGUUUGAAAUAAAUGUUCUAUUUGUUUAAAUUGUCUUUUCAUCUUUUUAUCUUCUCACAUAAUUUAAACAAAAUUUAUAGGCCAUUUGAAUUGAUAAAUCAUUCUAGAAUCGAAAAUCGUUUCUGAAUCGAACCUUGACCCCAAAAAUCGGAAUCGAAUCAAAUCGAAACACUGAGAGAUUCAUACCCCUAAUAUUUACUCGUGUGUGUUUCAAUAAAAUUCUUUUAUAUUGCAA